AUGGUGAAUAAAUUCAAAAAAGAGAGAACAGUAGAUAGAAAAACUGGAUCAGGAGCUCACAACAGGAAGAGGGAUCAUGAUUUAAACUUCCUUCUCUCUCUCUGUGUAUUUUCCUUCUCUCUCUCUGUGUAUUUUCCUUCUCUCUCUCUGUAUUUUUCCUUCUCUCUCUCUGUAUUUUCCUUCUCUCUCUCUGUGUAUUUUCCUUCUCUCUCUCUGUGUAUUUUCCUUCUCUCUCUCUGUGUAUUUCCUUCUCUCUCUCUGUGUAUUUUCCUUCUCUCUCUCUGUGUAUUUUCCUUCUCUCUCUCUGUGUAUUUUCCUUCUCUCUCUCUGUGUAUUUUCCUUCUCUCUCUCUGUGUAUUUUCCUUCUCUCUCUCUGUGUAUUUUCCUUCUCUCUCUCUGUAUUUUCUCUAUACUUCUCUCUCUGUGUAUUUUCCUUCUCUCUCUCUGUGUAUUUUCCUUCUCUCUCUCUGUGUAUUUUCCUUCUCUCUCUCUCUGUGUAUUUUCCUUCUCUCUCUCUGUGUAUUUUCCUUCUCUCUCUCUGUGUAUUUUCCUUCUCUCUCUCUGUGUAUUUUCCUUCUCUCUCUCUGUGUAUUUUCCUUCUCUCUCUCUGUGUAUUUUCCUUCUCUCUCUCUGUGUAUUUUCCUUCUCUCUCUCUGUAUUUUCCUUCUCUCUCUCUCUGUGUUUUUCCUUCUCUCUCUCUGUGUAUUUUCCUCUCUCUCUCUCUGUAUUUUUCCUUCUCUCUCUCUCUGUAUUUUCCUUCUCUCUCUCUUUGUAUUUUCCUUCUCUCUCUCUUUGUAUUUUCCUUCUCUCUCUCUGUGUAUUUUCCUUCUCUCUCUCUCUGUAUUUUCCUUCUCUCUCUCUGUCUUCUCUCUCUCUCUGUAUUUUUUCCUUCUCUCUCUCUUCUCUCUCUUUUAUUUUCCUUCUCUCUCUCUCUUUUCCUUCUCUCUCUCUGUAUUUUCCUUCUCUCUCUCUGUAUUUUCCUUCUCUCUCUCUGUAUUUUCCUCCUCUCUCUGUAUUUUCCUCCUCUCUCUGUAUUUUCCUCCUCUCUCUGUAUUUUCCUCCUCUCUCUCUCUCUCUGUAUAUUCCACCUCUCUCUCUCUGUAUAUUCCACCUUUCUUUCUGUGUAUUUUUCUCCUCUCUCUCUCUGUGUAUUUUUCUCCUCUCUCUCUCUGUCUGUAUUUUUUCUCUCUCUCUCUCUGUGUAUUUUUCUCCUCUCUCUCUCUCUGUAUUUUCCUCUCUCUCUCUCUCUCUGUAUGCGUCUUCCUCUCUCUCUCUCUCUAUUUUUCCUUCUUCUCUCCUCUCUCUCUCUCUCGUCUUCCUCCUCUCUCUCUCUCUUCCUCCUCUCUCUCUCUCUGUAUUUCUCUCUCUCUCUGUCGUCUUCCUCUUCUCUCUCUUGUAUUUUUUCCUCUUCUCUCUCUCUCGUCUUCCUCUUCUCUCUCUGUGCGUCUUCCUCCUCUCUCUCUCUCUGUGCGUCUUCCUCUUCUCUCUCUGUGCGUCUUCCUCUUCUCUCUCUGUGCGUCUUCCUCUUCUCUCUCUGUGCGUCUUCCUCUUCUCUGUGCGUCUUCCUCUUCUCUCUGCGUCUUCCUCUUCUCUGUGCGUCUUCCUCUUCUCUCUGCGUCUUCCUCCUCUCUCUCUCCUUCUCUCUCCUCUCUCUCUCCUUCUCUCUCCUCUCUCUCUUCUCUAUCUCCUUCUCUAUUUCUCCAAUGUAUUUUUAUUUGGUUCUCAAUAUUGUCAUGGGACUAUCCCACAUUACUUCUUGAUACUUCAGUUUUUAUCACCUGA